AUGGCGGCAGCUCUAGAGUCACUAUAUUCUCUUUACAGUCCUCUUUGGCAUUGCGGGUCCAGCAGGACAGGGACAUCAAUGUUCACCUUGCUUGUCAAGCACUUCUCCGCUUGCACAACAUUUGAAUUAACCAAUCUUGGGAGUAUUCGGGGUGUCCUGACCAAGGCCCAAUCAUCCCUGUUUAUUCAAGCCCAAAAUUGGUCACCACAUAGCUUUAUUGAAGGCAAAUUUGCCUCUGCUGACCUUUUCAUUGAGCUUGUGUUGGAUCCGAAAGCCAAUCCAAACCAAGCCCUGAAAGGCCUAUUUGAAGUGGAAGAGAAACGGAUACUAUCUUGUAACAUUCAUCCGGCCUCGACUCAGCGUGUUACCCGAAACUUGUAUAUCAUCAACAUCCGCAGGAGCGCUUUUGAUGACAACAGAAUAUGUCAUGAAAACGUUUCAGAGCUUUUGAGACAAUGGAAUUCGGUUGGGUUGCAUGGUUCAUGCGGACUUCAAUGCAAGUAUUGCAUUGCUGAAAAUGGGAAGGUUACUACUCAAAGGUUCAAGCCCUUGACAUCCGAGGUUGGUAUCUGUGAGCCUGAAGACAGCAUCACCCCAGUAUAUUUUUACAAAGAGCACUCGAUCCUAGGCUUUCCAAAAAAAGAGGCCCCUCCACAUCUCUAUUUUUUCGUCAAUGUUCCUGCAAUCACGGAUCACAUUGAACAACAACAAUUCAUGGCAAAAAUCAACUGGCCACCAACAAUAUUUAUCUUGGGUGUGAGAUAUACACUUUUUGCACGGGUUUUUUGGAAUGGGAGCCAUUAUUGGUGCAAGGUUCUCAAGGGCCUUGGUGGGAUGCUUGGCGGACCUGCUCCCUUCACCAGCUGGCUCCAGUACUCUCGCAGAUGGUCUCCUACUGAGAAGGCAUAUGUUGACGAGAUGAUUUCCAAAAUCAAAUUGGAUUAUCCACAUGCCACCGGUUACACACCUUUUGCUAGCCUCUCCACAUUACUUGGGUCCUUUGACAAGGAUAUGACUAAUUUGAUAUUGGAAAGUCAACAAUCAAACAAUCUGAUGAUGGAAGACCAGAAGGCAGACAAUCUGAUGUCAUUGUCAGCAAUCAAAUGUGAAUCCCCAGAGAAUUUUAAUAAACCCAAAGCCUCCGCAAGAACUCAGCCACAGCUCAAGCUCAAAAUCAAGAUGAAGGGGGCAACACUCCCCCCAAAGGUGGCAGAGGAAGAGAAGGACACGGAGGCGGUGUAA